AUGUCACAACCCAUCGCACAACCACAGAAAACCCCGCAACGCUCGCUCAAAACGCGCCCUCGAGGCCCGCGAACCAAAAGAAGUCGAGGACCCUCGCUCAACCUCAUGUCCCUCAAACGACCCCACGCCAUCGCCUUCAACAAGAAAAACCAGAUCCAUCCCUUCGAAAGUGUUCCCAAUCCUUCCCAAGCCUCCGCCGCCGCCGCUUACUCUGCUGCCAACCUGAGCUUGUUGGCUUCGACGAACGCUGGGUCGAGCUCGGGUGGAGCUAAUUUUACUGGUCCUACGACUCCUUCGUCGGCUGGUGGGAGUGGGUCGACCUCGCUUGCUUCGCUCGAGUUUUGGUCGAUGAAAAAUGACGCCUCGAUGUUUGUGGUUGGGCAGACGACGAAAAAGCGGCCGCAUAAUAUGACGCUUGUGAGGAUGUAUGAUCAUAGAGUGUUGGAUAUGCUCGAGUUGGGUGUGGACAACUAUGUUGCGAUGUCUGAUUUCAAGACGCCAAAAUGCACGCCGGGAACUAAACCCCUCAUCCACUUCGCCUCGGAACUUUUCGAUACACACCCUCGUUAUAUCCAGCUCAAAAGUCUUCUACUAGAUUUCUUCAAUGGAGAAGUCAUAGACGCCAUCCAUCUCGCCGGACUCGAAUGGGUGAUCAGCGUCUCCCUCGGCCCCGUUCCCUCUUCCAACUCCACUUCCACCGACCCAUCCUCCUCUUCUGCCAAUACGCCCCUCCCCAAAAUCCACUUACGAACAUACACCAUCAAACUCCUCCACUCGGGUGUCCGCACGCCUCGAGUCGAGUUGGUACCGAUGGGACCUGCACUCGACCUUUCGCUUCGCCGUAACACCUCACCUGCAAACGACUUGUGGAACCAGGCUAUGAAGAAACCCAAACUCGCCAAGAAGGAUAUCGAGAAGGGAUUGGGUAAGAAGAAGAAGAACAUUGAGACGGAUGAGAUGGGCGAUUUGAGAGGAAGGAUUCACGUUGGCAAGCAGGAUUUGGGCAAGUUGAAGGGUCGGAAGAUGAAGGCCUUGAAAGGUGGAUUGGCCGAGUUUGGACGGGAGGAUGAUGAUAAUGAUGGAGAGGAGGACGGUGCAGAGGAGAGAUCGAGUAAGAAGGCGAGGCUUGAUACAUCCAACCUCCAUCGGACUGGGUAUCCUAUUAGCAAGCAGUGA